GAGAGAGAGAGAGAGGGGAGGGGGAUAAAACCUCUUGAACUAAUGUUGGCAGUAUCUUAUAUUGAGUUUUGGAAGUUGCUCGGAGAGACGAGUCGUGUGUACAGUCGCCAUACGAGCAAAGGGAAUCAUUAUUUCCAAAUCUGCGAAAGGAUAAGAAAGAAAGAAAGAAAGAAAGAAAGAAAGAAAGAAAGAAAGAAAGAGAGAAAGAAAGAAAGAAGGGAAUCAUUUAUUCUGUAAAAUAGCGCCGACGUCCUUAUGGUUCACUGAAGGGGGGGAAAAAACAAAACCAACUAAAUAUUAAUGUCGACCAAAUUCAUGUGAUAUUGAACGCCGAGGGAGAAUUACAGAUAUCUGAGCAGAAGUCCUCCGACGUCCUGCUGAGUCAUGGCUCCAAGUCUGUCCCGGGCCUACAGGAAGAAGUGGUGGAUGGCGGUGACGGCGGUCAUCGAAAACUUGCUGUUCUCUGCUGUUCUGCUGGGCUGGGGCUCCCUGCUUAUCAUGCUGAAGAAUGAAGGCUUUUAUUCCCACCUCUGCACAGACAACGGCACUGCGGCGGGUAACUUGACAUCGUGGGAAAGCGGCGUUUGGCUGAGUUGCGUGGAGCAGGAGGAGAUACUGAAUCUGGGCUUUACCAUCGGCUCGUUCCUGCUGAGUGCCGCGACCCUUCCACUCGGGAUUCUGAUGGACAAAUACGGGCCGCGCCCACUGAGGCUUCUUGGCAGCUUGUGUUUUGCAGCCUCCUGUGCGAUGAUCGCUGCCGCUGCAUACAAACCUCAAGUGCUGUCAGCCUUCAUCUUCGUCGCUGUCUCCUUCAAUGGCUUUGGAGGAAUCUGCUUAACGUUCACCUCCCUUACACUGCCAAACAUGUUUGGCAAUGUACGUUCCACCAUCCUCUCCCUGAUGAUUGGUUCCUAUGCCUCGUCAGCAGUCACCUUCCCUGGUGUCAAGUUGAUCUAUGACCUGGGCGUGUCUUUCCGGGUCAUCAUGUGGGUGUGGUGUGGGAUGGCCUGCAUGGUCUUCAUCAACUGCUUCCUCAACUGGCCGGCUGAAUCCUUUCCUGCACCUGAAGAUAUCAGAUACACGAAGACUGUGAAGACGAGCGGGACUGUAACGGCUGACAAAAUGACAGGGGACAGUUUCUACACCUAUGUGACAGAAAUGGAGGAAACAGUGGGACAAAAGAAGCGAGAAUCUGAGGAAAAUGGUUCCUCCAGUGAAGCUCAGGGCUCUGUUCCACUUUGUCAUUCCGUGUGUUCUCCCAUCUUCCUCUGGAGUCUCAUCACUAUGGCCAUGACCCAGCUGAGGAUCAUCUUCUUCAUGGGUGCCAUGAACAAGAUGUUGGAGUUUCUGGUUACCCAUGGCGACCCCCACCCUUCUGAAGAACUGGCGAGGGAGGCCGAAGCUCAAGUUGGUUUCUACUCGUCUAUCUUUGGUACCCUGCAGCUACUUUGUCUACUGACCUGCCCCCUGAUUGGCUACAUCAUGGACUGGAAGAUGAAGGAAUGUGAAGAAGACCAAGCGACCACACACACAGAGAAGAGCCACUCAGGUUCCACGAAGAGAGACAGGAAGAUUCAGAAAUUGACCAAUGCCAUCAGAGCUUUCCUUUUCACCAACCUGCUAUUGGUCACCUUCGGAAUCAUUAGCAUGAUUGACAACCUUCCCUUGCAGGUGUUUUCCUUCGUCCUCCACACAGUAGUCAGAGGGUUUAUCCACUCCUGUUGUGGAGGUCUCUAUGCUGCUGUGUAUCCCGCCAAACAUUUUGGGACAUUGACAGGCCUGCAGUCGAUGAUCAGUGCUGUGUUCGCUCUGCUCCAGCAACCGCUGUUCAUGGUUAUGGUGGGGGAGCUCAACGGAGACCCACACUGGAUAAACUUUGGACUUCUCAUCUUCUCCUUGUUUGGUUUCCUCUUGCCGGGCUACCUCUUCUACCACCGCCGAAACCUGACCAGGCAGAAAGCACAGCGUGGCAGGUCAGCUUCUGACCCGUCGGCCACAGACGGAGCUCGUUUCCUUCAGUCAGGGAGUGCAGAUGGUAAAAAGCAAGCCAAUGGACAAGCAACUAAUGCCAAAAAUGGACCCACAGAAAAUGGGUACGUCGCUUAGCUUGAAUGCUCUUAGGUUGAUAAAUCUAAGGAAAGAGUUACCUUGGGUACUCAGUAUUAGCUAGCGGCAAGGUAUAAACUGAUCCUGCCUGGUUCAACAACAAUCAUUACAGGGUAUUAAAAGAUGAGAGUUUUUUUUUUUUUUUACUAACGUAUUGUUUUUUUUUAAUUUCAUGAGGGUUUUCUGUCAAGGAAGACAAAUGAACCUGCUAGAAAAUAUUGAUCAAGACCAACAGUGACCAUGAACAAACAAAGAAAGGGUUUGUGAACGUCUUGUCACUUGACUGACAUUAAAUCUGAAGAUAUGUGUGCUGGUAUCAAUCCGGACAACCCCUCCCCCAACACACACCAGGUUCGAGUAGAAACUGGAUCUACUUAUGACAGGUUCUGUGAGGCAACAGCCCACCAGAGCGUAACCUCCCCCCCCCCAAAGAAAAGCCUUUUUCAAUUCAAUUCUGUUACUCAGUUGAUCAUCCAUCCAUCCAUCCAUCCAUCCAUCCAUCCAUUAUCUACACUCACUUAAUCCAAUUCAGGGCCAUGAGAGGUUGGAGUGUUUCCCAGCAUGCAUUGCACAGGAUGCACGUUGGCAGCCUAGACAGGUUGUCAGUCCAUCAGAUUAUGAUUAUUUUGGAGAAUGCUAAAAGCACACGCGCAGCAGCUGCAGUGUUCCUAGCUUGACUGAUAAUUGAACUUUAGAUAUUUAACAGAGAGCUACUGCGUCAGCGUAACCGGCCAAGUCCCAAGCUGGGCUUUGUCGAGGUUCCUGCCGUCUUUCAUAGUGACUGAAGAUGGAAAAUACAUGAGAUAAGAACAGGAAAAACCAAGACUCUGGGGUAACGGAUUAGAUUGUGCUCUAAAGACAUUAUAGCUGAAUGAAAUGUAGGUUUUUAUACAUCUGUAAUAUUUAAUGUACAGAAAACACGGUGUGCAUUGCUUAAAACAUGUUUGUACUGUAUAUGUAUAUCCUGUGAUCUAUAAACUGUAUAUUUUCAUGCAGUUCUGGUCACCUCACCAAAUAUAUUUGAAUGUCCAUUCUGUCGCACAAAUUGAGAUAGUAGAAAUUCUAUUUUGUGUAAUAAGUCAAAGGGCUUUGUUUGUUUGUUUGUUUGUUUGUUUGCACAUCUCAAAUUUCUGGUAUAGCUUAAGGUUUGCCUUUUUUCUCAUUUGUUCAUUUCUUUAUUUACACAUAUAAAAUUUUUAAAAAGAUACAAUAUAUAAUUUGAAAUAAGAUGUGAAGGAGAAUUGCCUAAAAACCCUCCAGGGGCUUGGAAAGUGGCAUUCUCCAGGCAGCAUACUACAGGAAACAAUUACAGCAAUGCGGUACGCACAAUUUGUGUGUAUCAAUAAUUCCACACAUAGCAAGACACGGAGACACAGUUCAGCACAGCACCCGACAACAAUGCAUCCCAUUAACACCCAUGUUACACAAGUACAAUGACUCAGUCAUAGUCACAACACACACACACACACACACAUCAAGAACACUCAUUCAUGAUACAUGCAAGCGUACACACACAAACUCUAUCACUAAGAGUAUACACUCAUGUGAUAUGGCUUAGAGUUUUCAUAAGACA